CUGAUAACUGCUUUUUAUUUUCCUUUUUUUUUUCCUUUCAAAUUUUCUAUAUUUGUUUCUUUGCUGAUAAAAAUAAUACAAUCACUCUACCGCUUCAUCUUUUUUAUUUUUGAUAUUCCUAUAGUUUCAUCAUUUUAAUGACUUAGAAAAAGGCAUUUUAUGAUGCUUGUUUCAUUCAGAUUUAUGCUUGCCUAUGUAUUGGGUGGGCUCACGAUGAUACCUUUAACCGGUCUACUUCUAUAUUCCCUCUUUAUUGUAUAUAUCCAAGUUUACAAACCGUUGACUUCAGCGUUUCGUUUAUAUUUCACCAGCGCUUCAUCAAAAGGCAAGCAAGGAAAACGAUUUGCUAUUUCUGAUGGGACGAACGAGAAGGCAUCGCUGUUUGAGAGAUCUUCCACAAACGUUACUCACAAUGACGACAUGCCACCAUUGCAUUCAGACACUACUUCAGCAGUAUCUCUCUAUAAAGUAGGUUGGUUGAAAGUCUUGACACAAGAAGAACAAUCAUUACUGUCUCUGUCCAUUGGUCUCAUGGUCAAGAAUUACAUAUCAACCAGCAUGAAUAAGCAGAGAGGCGGAGACGGUAGUAGUAUUACCAGCAAUAGUAACAUCAAUAAUGAUGACAAUCAUAUGUACUUUUCGGUAUUAAAAUACAACACAUUGUACUUGUACGACUCGGAAAAGCAAUUGGAUUGUAAGGAAGUGAUCAACUUAAGCCAGUAUACAGUACAAAUGCAUCCACCUGGUUUGAAAGACUUUGAGCUAUAUUCGAAGCCUAACUUGAUCAAGUUAGUACUGAAAGAAGACGAACCUUCAAGUACCACAAUAACAGCAACAACUGCUACAGCUGCAUCAAAAGAAGUGAGAGAUACGAUUCCACGGGAGGCUAGCACAUCCGACACAAAGCAAAAAAAAUCCUACUUUAUAAAUUGUAGUAAAUGCAUUGACAAAGAGGAUUGGUACUGUGCAUUUUUACAUGCCACUAAUACUUCCGCCACCACCGACAAAACUCACUUUGAACAAGCAGCUAUGAAUGACCUUAUUAAAACUGUAUAUAGCAACGAACAUCAUUUUCAAACGCAAUGGUUCAAUGCGCUUUUCGGCCGUAUUUUUCUGGGGAUAUACCGUACGAAAGAUAUCCAGCAUGUUCUUUAUAAGAAAGUAAUCACAAAGUUAGACAAAAUCAAUGCCAAACGCCCUCCAUUUUUGGGAGAAAUCACCGUACGAUCUGUUGAUCCAGGUCAUGGUAUUCCCGCCAUCACUCAACCUAAAUUACUGAACCUGAGCCCUACAGGUGAAAUGACAGCCGAAGCCUACCUUCAAUAUCGUGGAGCAUUCCGUAUUGAAAUCGAAACAGUAUUAGUAUGGAAAUAUUCUGAUCGGCUAAAGCCACUGACCAUCGAUCUAGUGCUGAGCAUUACAUUAAACGAGAUCAAGGGCAAACUGGCUAUCAAGAUUAAAGAACCACCCACCAAUCGCUUUUGGUAUGGGUUCUAUGAGUGUCCUUCCAUGGACUGGAAGGUGGAACCUGUAGUAUGGGAAAAGAGAGUAGGAUAUUCCGUCGUUGUCAAGGCAAUUGAAAGCAAAAUUCAAGAAUUGAUUGUUGAGACAAUGGUUAUUCCUCAUUUUGACGAUAUCACAUUUUUUCCAACGGAGGAUGGGGUAGGUGGUAUUUUUGAAAAGAAAACACAAGCAGAAGACAUACCAAGCAAAGGAGAGCAUAAUUUCGAACCGCAAACAAGUGAAACUGCUUCAUCCGCCAAAGAAAGUUUAUCAGUGAAAUCAGCACCUAUUCCGAUAAUGAAGAAUAAGAAUAAUAACAGUGAACGUACCUCUAAUAACAACAAACUGAAAAAAGAAGAGCGCCAACAACAAAAGGUUAAAGAUGAAGCACUUAUUACUACUGCUAGAUCGUUACCAGAACUUUUUUCAUCAGCUGUGCCUGAUCGAUCGCAAAAUGAACAAUUAUGCCGCUCGUCUACUACACUUAAUCAAGUCUCCACAAAGAAUUUCGAUAGCAAUACACAGCAGUGCGAACCAACCAAAAAGCCAACUAUGAGACAACAAUCAUCUUAUGUUACAGAGAACGUAAGUAGUAGCGAUAGCAGCAUUACUACGUCCCUUAGCAGUACCAGUAGCAGUGACCACAAUACUUCGAAUAUAUUACUGCUCGCAAACAGCAAUAGCUUGUCUGCUUCCCCCGACGAUUCGUAUCUGAGCUCGUCUCCUUCUUCAAUGACGACCGACGACCGCAUUAGUAAUAAUACAAAUUUGCUAUCUCGUAAGCUAACAGUAGCCGGUAUAACAGGCAUAGAUGACACACAAACUGUUGCUAGUACAAUCACUACAUCUAAUCUUAUUGUCACCCCUUCAAAUUCAACUUCACUGCUUGGUACCUCAUCCGACUUUCAUUCAUCAACAGUUCAUGUCACUUACUCUGAAAUAGACGAGAAAGACGAUGACUCAAUUGACAGUAAGACUGUAGAAACUGGUAAUAAUAAUAAAUAUGACAAUAGCGAAAAGCAGCAGCCUCGGCAACAAAGAGUCAGAAAACAAUCUUCUUUAGCUCUGCUUCGACCAAAAACUGUAGCUUCAACGGCUAUAGAUGUGUCACCAGCUAUGCGACUAUAAGAGUAGUCACCGACAACCCAUACCUAUCAAACAAUAUCCUAUAAUAUUCCCCUUUGUUCGUUUGUACAAUAAUAAAACUUAGGAAAUAAAAUCAAAAUAUACCACUCGUCCAUUAUCCCAGC